UCGCUGCCGGAGGAAACAGAAGCGCCUCAGCUCCAGAGAAACUGUCGGCAGGAAGGAGAUUCUGGGGUAUUUUGAGGUAUUUUGAGGUGUUAAGGUUACCUUUUCAGGUGCACAACCCUCUGAUGUCUGAAGUGCUGCUGUCUGGGAAUGUAAACCCGUAUCAGGGUAGUCAUUCAGUUGUAGGUUAAACAGUGUUGUGGAUGCUCUGUGCUAAUGCUGUAUCUGCUAGCUAGAACUCCAGGUUUGAUCAGAUCUGCUAGUUUAGCGAGAAAAAGAUCUGACUCUGCGUUAAAAUGACCUCCUGACACCAUCUUUGGCCUUGUAGACAGAAAUCUAGCCUACUUUUCUGCUCUACAACGAUACUAAUUCCUCAGUUUGCCUGUGUUUACAUAGGCCUAGCCUACACUUAUGUUAAAAAACUACAUAAUUUCCCCAAAUACUUAUUUAUGUUUACCCUGUUGUGUCUAGCUGCUCGUUAUUAAACCAUUUAUCCUUCUCAGUCAUAAAUUCAUCAUUAUUUCUCUUUAUUUACAUAACCACUUGAUUUGUAUUGCUCUUGCAGUGUGUUGCUUUGUUUGUUAAUGUACUCAUUCUUUCUACAGAAGUCUUUUUUCACCUAGGACCUCUUGGUGCAGGUGUCAACAUGAAAUUAAACUCAAUAAAACACAAUCUUAAAAGCGUGGGAGCCACAGUCGAGCACUGAUGACGUCUUAAGGGGCAAGGUUUGCGCAAGGAAAUACAAAACUACAGAACGUUAACAAGAUGGUCAUAAAUUGGUGAACUGAGUGUUGUCUACGGAAUGAAUAAUCUCUUGUUGCAAGUCUUCUCCUGCUCAGCUUGCUUACAUUUCUACACAAUUUAAAUUCAUCAUCACAAACAAGUCAGGAGUAAAUGUCACAAUGCUGAAACCAGGAGAGAUUAAAUGUGAGGAUACAGAGGUGCCAGUGGUGGAACCUGAAGAGUUUAAAAGUGAAGUGGUGGUGCUGCCAGUUCUGAAACUGGAGGAGGUUAAAUGUGAGGAUGUGGUGCUGCCAGUGAGCUUGAAUAAUCAGCAAACAUCUGCUAUUGCUCCCUGCACAAACACCUCCAACAGAGAAAUGCCGAACACUGCAGGAAAGGAGAGAUCUCACCACUGUAUACAGUGUGGGAUGCGCUUCAGUGAUCAGAGUAGCCUCCAGCGACACCACCACAUUCACACAGGAGAGAAACCGCAUUACUGUUCAUACUGUGGAGAGAGUUUUGUUCUGCCAAGUCAUCUCCAACUGCACCAGCGCAUUCAUGCAGGAGAGAAGUUGUACGACGAGUCAGAGUGUGAGAAGAGCAUUAAUGAGAGUAAUGUCGAAACGCCUGAGCGCAUUCAAUCAAGAGAGAAGCUCCAUCAGUGCUCAGACUGUGGGAAGACCUUUAAUCGCCGUUGUUAUCUACAGCUACACCAGAGAGUUCACACAGGAGAGAAACCGUAUCAGUGCUCAGACUGUGGGAAGAGUUUUAAUCGACGUAGUUGCCUUCAUAUACACCAGAGUGUUCACACAGGAAACAAGCCACAUCAUUGCUCAGAUUGUGGUAAGACUUUUAACAGACGAAGUCAUCUCCAAAGACACCAGCGCAUUCACACGGGAGAUAUGCCGUUCGAGUGCUCAGAGUGUGGUAAGAGCUUCAAUCAUCAGCUUCAUCUCCAAAUACACCAACGGACUCACACCGGAGAGAGGCCGUAUCAGUGCUCGGAGUGCGGAAAAAGGUUUAAUCAAAAGAGUCAUCUUCUGCGACACGAGCGCUUUCACACAGGAGAGAAGCCACAUCGAUGCUCAGAGUGUGGGAAGGGUUUUUCUCUACAAAGUCAUCUCCAAACGCACAAGCGCAUUCACACCGGAGAGAGGCCAUAUCACUGCUUAGAGUGCGGGAGGACUUUUAGCAUACUAAGUCAUUUCCAAGAACACCAGCGUACUCACACCGGAGAGAGGCCAUAUCACUGCUCAGAGUGUGGGAAGAGCUUUAAUCGACAGAGUAAUCUCAAACUACACCAGCGCAUUCACACAGGAGAGAAGCCGUAUCAGUGCUCAGAGUGUGGGAAGAAUUUUAAUCAGCGGAGUCAUAUCCAAAGACACCUGCGUGUUCACACAGGAGAGAAGCCGUAUUAUUGUUCAGAAUGUGGGAAGAGCUUCAGAUAUACAAGUACUAUAAAGAAACACAGCUGCAAUAAAAACAACAUAGAGACCCAUAACACAUGAGUAUGUAAGACAGUUUUCAUCUUGUUGUAGGUUUUUUUUUUUUAACAUACACAAAUGAUAUAACAGUUUAUGCUGGGUUCAUUGCUUAUUAGAUACACAUAGAAUCGCGCAGAUUGUACAUUUUUAGCAUAAAUGAGCUUUAGAAUGGGCAAAGUGUCCAUGGCCUUGGUGAUUUUGAACGUGGCAAGUGCAUGAAGUCAUCUUGGAGUGCACCACUUAUUGGUCUUGAAUAGGCUACUAUAGCUGAAGUCCAUGUGGAGUGAAGAACUAGGAAUUGCUUCUCCAGUGGGCAUGGGAGCAUCACAACUGCCCUGUUGGGUGGUGGAAAAAGAAGUUACUUUGGCACGUAUUUCUAGGUCCGGAUUUCAUCAUGCUGUUAGAAGCGAUAGAAUAUGUCACAAGCAACUAACCAUGAAGCCAUCCUGCUUGGCAUGAACAGUGACACAAAGUGGUUUGAGGAACAUGGCAAGGUUUCAUUGCUUCGGUGACUUUUGCAAUUUCUGGAUUUCAGCCCUAUCCAAGCAUUGUUGGCAUGAGGUUGGAUGAGCUGUUGCAGCAGGAGCGCAACCAUUAAUGUUUGCAGCAACUGUGCAAUGCAAUUAUUUUACAUAAGAGGUCUUUAUUUUCUCUUUUGUGUGAUUUAUAUGCUAAUAUAAUUAUGUAAUUAUUGUUCCUAAAAGUUUUUAUCCUGUAUUUGUAUUUGACUGUACUUGAUUUACGGUUACAUGCAAUAGUUUAGGCACCUGUAACAUUUUGCUAAUUUUUGAAAUGAAAAGAAUAUAACACAACCUUUGCAGCAAGUUAUUUUAGAGAAUAUAAUUUUUGUAAAGGUUAAUGCUCAUUUACUUUAUAUUCGGUUAACUUAAAAAAAGUAGGAAAAAAACAAAAUAGUGAUUGAUAUGUGUCAGAGUUCAGGCUAAGUAAAAACCCUGCUGCCAGCUGUCUGUUCAGUUUUUGCUUUGUCAAUGCAAAGCACUUGUUUCCAAUAUGUCUCUGGCUUAUCUAGAUACUUUUCUGCAUACUUUAGACUUUGACAUUUGUGACAAGGUUGCAAAUCGUCUUUCUUUCUGAUGACUCUUCCAGGCACAUCAUGCUUAUGCAAGCAGUGUACACAGACAAAAGGUACCACCACUCUUGCAUCAGCUUAACCUUUUUGCAGAUCCUUUGCUCUCAUAUGGGGGUUUUGCUCUGCUUUUUUGACCAACAUACAAGCAGUUCUACCUGAGAGUUUUCUUGGUCUUCCAGAUCUUGCCUAGACUUUAAAUUCCCUCUUUAACCUUUCUUAAUGUUUCAGGCAGUUAAAAUUGUGAGCAAGUGCUUUGAUAUAUUUUUAUACACUUCUCCUGCUUUGUAGGCAUCAGUUCGCUUCAUCUUCAGAACCUCAGCCAGCUGCACUGAGGAGCUCAUAGUUUUUGUGCCGAGUUUUUAAAGAGUUUUUAAAGUAUUUUUGAGUCAGAAAAUGUAUUUUGCUAUGGAAUUGACAUCAGUUGAAAAUUCCUAAUGAUGAUUCUUGACCCGCCAAAUUGGUCUUUUGUCAAUGUUUUCUUUGUUGCUAAAAUUUUACUAAGUUUACAGAGAUUCAAGAGUUUGCUUUAUAUAAGAAAUGUCUUUUUAAAUAUGUAGAUGAAAUAACAGUGUCAUCCCCAGGGGACUUCUCACAGAAGGGGGAGAGAAAAAAAAUAUCUGCCGGUGGGACAUAUCAAUUGUGCCUUACACCACUGCAUGGUUCCACAUAAAUGUGGAAAAAGAACUGCCUACAGUAUUGUAACACUACUGACUGAACCGUGAAAAGUGUACUGUAUUUACAGUACGAAAGGUUGGACUAUCCCUAAUCCCAGUGUAGGUUGGAGGGUUAUGCUUUUUCCAGUUUAAAAGAAUCAAGACAGGGGAUAGGUGCACUGUACAGGGGAUAAGUGCACUGGACAGAGGAUAAGCCCCUGUCCAUGGCACAGAGUGGACCUGAUGUAAGAUAGUGUUACAAAGAGUAUCUGAUAACUCUAGAGUCAAACACUACGUUUUUUUAAGAAUCAUCUCAGAAAGAAUAGUGAGGUCAAAUACUUUAAAAUACAAGAGGAAAUUGAACCUUGAAAAGACUUUAAAAAGACCAUCUAUAGGAAGGGAAUGGAAUAUGUAGCAAAACAGUACACAUUUCUUACAAAAAUCUUGCUUGGAGAUAAAGUGAGUAUUAGGAAGAUUAAACAACUCAGAAAGCUGUUGUAAUUAGGCAAGGUAUCUUUCCUUAAAUAAACAUGAUAUAGAUCUUACACUUCUCUUAGCCCAGAUUUAAGUCCAUCAUGUAGGGGAAACCUAACCUUUGUGAACCUGAUGAGUUAACAAGUUCUUAGAUGACUGGAAGGGUGUCCAGACGUCUGCACAUGCUACA